AUGGCAGGUAUCAGUACUGUGAAAUUGGCUUCUGUCAUUAGUUCAAAUGGAGGAUUAGGAUCGAUACCUCUCGCAUCAGUUGAUGCUAGACAGCAAAGUGGAAUUGACUCGAUAGUCAAGCAAUUGAAUGAAUUUAAGUCUUUAGCUAAAACCAAUGUCGUUAACCUUAACUUUUUCUGUCAUGAUCAUAAGGAACAAAAGACACCUACUAAUGACCAAACUGCAAAUUGGCAUAAGCUUGUUGGUAAAGCAAGACCAAGCAUUACUCAAGAUAUCCCAACCUUACAGAAAUCUAAUAUUUCAUUGGCAGAAGUUGAGAGUAGUCAUCCUGAAUUAUUUUCAAAAUUGCUAGAGAAAUUGGUAGAAUUCAAGCCAAAAGUUGUAAGCUUCCAUUUUGGGUUCCCUUCCGAAAAUGCCAUUAAAUUUUUACAGGAAAAUGGAAUUAUGGUAUUUGUGUCUGUAACCUCAGUAAAAGAGGCCGAAAAAUUGAUUGAUUUAAAGGUUGAUGGUUUGGUUAGCCAGGGGUAUGAGGCCGGUGGCCAUAGAGGAAACUUUUUGGUUACUGAAAGAUUAGACGAAAAUUUGUCCACCUUUUCGUUAUUUACCCAAAUAAAGAGGCUAGUAGAUAAUUCUACCUGGAAGCCUUUUAUUAUUCCAGCUGGUGGAAUAAUGGAUGGCAAGACCAUUGAAAACUACUUGGCCAAUGGUGCCUCGGGUGUUCAACUUGGUACUAUCUUCUUAUCUACACCAGAAUCUAACUCAAACGACUUUAUUAAGAAUGUAGUGUCGGGAUCUAAUGAUAUCCCUACGAUAAUGACAAGAUUGGUUUCUGGAAAGCCUGCUAGAUGCUUACGAACACCCUUCAUCCAAGAUCUAAUUGAAGACUGUAGUAAUUUAAAUCUCGAUGAUCAGCCUUCAUAUGGUUAUGCUUAUUAUGGCUACAAAACUAUGGCGGGAUUACUCAAAGACGUGCGUUAUGGUUUUUAUUUGGCCGGUCAAAAUUAUCAUCAGAUUAAUCCAGAUUUUAAUACAGAACAAGUAUUGUCAAAUCUAGUUGACGAACUUAAACAAGCUGGCUUUAGUAGUACCUAA